ACAAACAGCACAAAAAUUCAUCGGCAUAAACAGAGCGCGUGCACUGCAAAACAACACAGGCGUACAUCUAGGAGGUCCAUUACAUUUCGCACUAAAACCUCGGAGCCAGUAACGAUUGCUAUACGUUUAGAAAAGCGGUUAUUGCAACUAACUCUGAUUAACAAUAUCGACUAUUUUGAAAGUAACUUUGAUUAAAAGUAUCAACAAUUACCCUUAAUAAUAUCUACCAUAAUCAUUACCAGCUAUAACUUGCAAAUUAUUACCAAAUUUCAGCAGCUGAUUUUCAUAUCUAGCUGUUUGUUCUUAUUUAAUACCGAUAGAUUGUGUCAUAAUCAGUGCCUGUGUGUGACCUUUGAUGCUAUAGAAAUGCCAUACAAGGGAUCAUACUGUGCCCCUAUCAAUGAUGGAUCUUCUCGACACUGGGAGGCAAGGAGAGUCCAGAAUUGCGUCGACAGAGCCACGCUGGAAAGGCAAAGUCUGGCACAGAUGGGGUUGAAACAGCCGACUGUACUGGACGUGUAUCGUAACCGGCCCUCGACUGCAGAGUGUGUGGAACCCCUGAAGAGGUCUGCAGCUCCUGAUGAGUUCGUACUGUCUGAGAAGUGGCAGAGUAGAGUGGGUCCCGUGAGGUUCCCUCAGAGAGACAACUACUGCGUCAGUGCAAAACUGCCCAAUCGAUUCACAUCCAAGGAUCUAUUCCAACGAUGGUAGAAAAACCGAACAACCAACAAAGAAAACCUAUCUUCAAAUAAAUGAAGCUAUUGUGCAAUAUGAAACAGUUUGGAUCUUGUUAACUAUUCCCCCCCCCCUCAAUGGUAGCUUGUAA